AUGCCUAGGGAUGUUCAAAACCAAUCCGAAACCGAAAAUCGAACCAAGCCGAAGCUUAAUGGCUUACUGCUGCAUAAUUUGAUUUGCGGUUGCACUUCGUCUUCUGCGGCCGUACAAUUCCAUGUACUGUCCGCACUUCAGGCAAGGCUUCAGUCUUGGUCAUUUUGCACACUAUCUGAACUUUCUGAAUUCUUGUUAGUGCGACCAUGUUCUACGGCCGCCCGAAUUGUGUACGCACCUUUUUUUGUGAAAUUUAACUUAACAAUAAUAGAAAAAGAAACACUCUUCUUACGGCUUAGGUUUUUCCCAAAUCAAAUACUCCCAAAGGUUAGCUAUUUCCCCAAAUCAAAGACUCCCAGAACUCCCCAAUUCGUCGGCAAUCUCCCGUCAACAUACUCCGGUUAUUCAGUCAAAAGAAGAAAUUAUUUGUUGCUGGUGCAACUGGGAUCACACCGGAAAGAGAAUUUUUUAGCAGCUGCUGUCAAAGUGUUUAAUCUUACAAUUGAAGAUUCCAUAUCAAGCAGCCCAUCGGUUGAAGUCAUGUUCCUUAUGCUUGGCAGUUGUUCACAUUCACAGUAUACUUGGUACCAAAUCAUCGAUGAAGUGGUACAUAUUUGUCCCUGGACUCUAAAUGUAUAGAUGCCACGGUUUCUCUUGGCUAAUUCUCUAUCAUAAUUUACUCCAAGUGAAGUAAAUGCAAACAUAUUAUUGUAGGUUCUGUUUGAAAAAUAAUUUGGUAACUCAAAAAGAGAUAUUCAAAUUGUUGUCUAGGUUCAUUCUUGUUAUAUUAUAUUAAUGGAUCUUUAUUAUACUAUUAAUUUGAAUAUAUUUAAUGUGUUUAA